AUGAGCACCGCCCCCACCAGUAGUGUUACUGGCACCCAGCUGAGCAGGGGUGCGGACGAAGUCUUCAAAACUAAAUUUAUGAAACCGGUCUUCGACAAUAUGAUCAAAGGACUAGAGACCUCGAUUCGACAAGGAUCAGAAUUGGUUUACCACCAGCUCCAGGAUCUGAAGGAGUACGGCCUGAGGGCUUAUCAUCUUUUGAGGGAAAAAGAUGCAAUCGUCUUUUGCCGCACUGCGGAGAUAAUAGAGGUGCGAGAAGAAAACCAACGCCUGCUAGCCAGGAACCAGGGCUUAGAAGAGUCCAACGAGGGAAAGGACGUGGAGAUUCAUGAGCUAGGAGUCCAGAUCUAUGGCUUAGAGGUUUGCAACGAAGCAAAGAACGCAGAAAUCGGUCUGCUUAAGAAGCAGUGUUCCCAGCCCCUCCAGGAAGUUGACACCUGCCAGCGUACCAAGGAAGAAGAGUUCCGAGCUCAGGUCUGCGCUUUGGAGGCUUCAGUCUCUCGGCUUGAGGAAGAAAACAGACGCCUCCGCCGGGAAAUCAGCCUUGGUCGCUCCGAGACAAGGCAUCUCCGCCACCAGCUCAGAGUACUUCAAGGCUAUGCAUCGGCGCGGGCCAGUCAUCUGUUCCAGGAUUAUGAUGAUUAUAACUGA